AGAGAGAGAGAGAAAGAGAGAGAUGUAGUCGACUCAGCUGAGCUCACAGGGAGGAAGAGAUUUGGAGAAAGCUUCUUAACCUAUUUCAGAGGGAUACAAAGCGUGAUUUUGGUUGGUUAGACUCGUAUCGGUAAGAGCCUCGCGCUCGGCUGAUAUUGAUUUGGCAUUUUUGUGCGUGAUGUGAUGUGACAGAGGAAUAUUCCAGCAUCGCUGCUGUGAGGAUGGCUGGACGGAGCGGUGGCCUUUCGGAUCGCAGCUCAAAUGCCGCUUUGUUCGCCGUCCAGACGUGGAUUGAUAUUUCAUUCAUGUGCAUCUGAAUUCAGUCCGUAUAAAGACCAAGAGCUCAGCUCUUCAGCACCGCACCGAGUCCACGCUCUGGAGUUCUGCCGCCCUUUUCUAUCAUUCCCUUUUUCCUGUUUUCACAGUUCUUUCUGAGAUGAAUCCUCCUCAGCUCUCAGCGGUGUUGGUGCUCAUGUUGGCCCAGCUGUGCGCGUCUUCUAUCGGUUGUCCAUCUGGGUGCCGCUGCUAUAGUUUGACUGUCGAAUGUGGAUCCACUGGGCUCAAAGAGUUCCCGCAAGGCAUUGCACAUGGGACGCAGACCAUCUUUCUGCAGGACAAUGCCAUUGGACAGAUCCGUCAGCGGGAUCUAUCUGACCUCGGCCGGCUGCACUACCUCUACCUGCAGAAUAACAGCAUCUCCACGCUGGAGGCCGGGGCCUUCAGAAACCUGGGUCUGCUUCUGGAGCUGGCGCUCAAUGGAAACCGCAUCCACCUGAUCACAGCUGACGUGUUCGGGGGCCUGGACCACCUGCGCAUCCUCUACCUCGCAGGAAACCAGAUCACCAGACUCGAGGACUACACUUUCCGCGGACUGCAGCGGUUGCAGGAGCUGCAUCUGCAGGAGAAUGCGGUGGAGGUGCUGGGAGAUCAAGCUCUGGUGGGUCUGUCCUCUCUGGCUCUUCUGGACCUGAGCAGAAACAACCUGAGAACCCUGAGUCCCGCUUCACUCAAACCCCUCGUCAGCCUGCAAGUGCUGAGGGUCACAGAUAACCCGUGGCGCUGCGACUGCGCUCUGCACUGGCUGCGCGGCUGGAUAAAUGAAGAGGGUCAGAGGCUAUUAAGCUCAGCCGAGCGCCGGAUGCUGUGCGCCGAACCUCCGCGCCUCUCCCAUCUCAGUCUGGUCGAGGUUCCCGCAAACAGCCUCAUUUGCAUCCCACCCAUAGUGCAACUGGAGCCUAGCCACCUGACAGUGCGUUUGGGGGAAAGUCUACGUGUGUCCUGCCAGGCGUCCGGAUACCCACAGCCACAAGUCACCUGGAGGAAAGCGUCCCACGGAAAAGCCCAGCUGUCUCCCAGAGGUCUGGUGCAGGAGGUCGGGAUGGACGGAGAUGCCAAGACUCGGGGGAGGUUGGUGACAGCCAGGCCUAGUGGAAAAGGAGGGUCGGCGAGUCGCGGGCCAGUCCGAGGUGGAACCGACGAUGGAGGUGACCGAGAAAGUUUCGACCCUGACACGGGAAGUGGGAUGCUGUUUCUCAGCAACGUCACGGUGGCGCAUGCCGGACGCUAUGAAUGCGAGGCCUGGAAUCCCGGCGGAGUGGCUCGGGUGACUUUUCACCUGUCUGUGAACAUGUCUUCAUCUUUGUCCCGCUCGGAAAUCUGGCCUCGACUGCAUUCCUCGUCUUACUAUCAUCCUUCUUCGGUGGACGUGAGUCAGGAGCCGAUUUAUGAGCUUGAAAGCAUGGACUUCAAUGCACUGGGAACCGCGACCCAGACGGCCAUCGCUGUGGGAAUCUCUCUUUUGGCAUUGACGGCGUUGUUGCUUCUCUGCAUGAUUUACAGUCGCCACCGCCAACGGCAGAAAGAGGAAGAUGGAUACGGCGCCAGCAAAGAGGAAAGCAUCCUCUACGUCAACGACUACUCCGACGGUCCCACCACGUUCGCUCAACUUGAAGAGUACCGGGACGAACGCGGCCACGAGAUGUACGUGUUGAACCGUGCCAGACCGGUGCUGCCUCCCCCGCCAUCCUGCAACCAGCAGGGGUCGAUGCUAAAGGCCGGUGAGUGCAUGCUGACCCCGGGCCGGGCCGCAGGGAUCGGACCCCGCAGGGCUCCUGCAGAAGGAGGUGAAGGACCUCCGCUUGAUCCCGAAGGGUUGUUCAUGAACCAGAGCUUGCUGUUUGACACGCAGAUCGCUUAUGAGAUCCACUGCUGAAUCGGAUCCUUGGAUAGACUUCAAGGUUCUUGCUAUCAGAUGUUAUCCUGCUGAAUUUCCUUUCGUUCUGAGAGCACAAAUGUAUUUUUUUUUUGAAAAGCAUUGAAGGAAUAAUAGAUUUUAAAGCUGUGGUGUGUAGUUUCAGUACCACCGAAUGGAUUUUUGCGAAAAAAAAAAAAGGUUUGAAAGUCAGGGAAGUGGUUGAGUCAGUGUUGCUACACUCUUCAAAAUAAAAGUGAUACCAAAGAAGAACCAUUUUUAGUUGCCCAAAAGAGCCUAUCAGUGAACAGUUUUAUAAAUAUUUUUUUUUUCUUGGUGUGAAGAUCAUUUUAAUAAUCUAAAGAACCUUUUAAACAGUGGAAAGAUUAAAGCUUCUUUAUUGGCAUCCAUGGUUUCUAUUAAGAACCUUUAACAAUCAUGGAACAUUUUAAUUCCACAAAAAGUUAUUUAUAGCAAAAAAAAAAAAGGUUCUUUAGACAUUUAUUUGAAUGUUCUUCACAUAAAGAGAAAAUUGUUUUUUUAAGAACUAUUCACAGAAAGAUGGAUUCUGGGGACCCAGAACUGGUUCUUCAGUUGCAUUGCUACAAAAAACACCUUUGGGAACCUUUAUUUUUAAGCGUGUAUAUUGUGCGGCUCAAACCAGCAGAUAAAACAUCAGUGUUUACUCUCUUUGGGGAAAUUAACCUACAAAUGGCUAGUUAUAAUCAUCUCUUGGGUUGCACAUAGCAGCUUUUAGGGAAUAGUUCAUCCAAAAAAUGUUGCCGUUUGCAUGAUUGUUUUGUUCUGUAGAAUCACAAAUGGAGAUUUUAUUGAAAGCUCUCGCAUACAUUUUAAGGUUAUUUUCAAAAAAAAAAUAUUCCAUUCUCCAUUCUGCAUAUUUAACUAGUUCUCAUUUGUGUUCCACAGAGGAAACGUAAAAGCAUAUGGAUUUGGAAAAUUAUGUAUUUUUUUUUUUUUUGUAAUUGGAAUCAUUUAAAAAAAAAACCUGUCAAAAUGCUUUUGACAGAAAAAAUAUUGCAUUUUUCAACAGCGAUAGGGGUGCAAGGAAAAGAGAGAAAAGAUAGUUGUAAAGCAAAACCGCAAAAAUAGAUCAGGAAGAAAAUGCAAGUGAGGGUAUGGAGAGUGAAAGAAGUGUUUCCAGGAGUAGUCCAGUGAAAUAAUUCACUGGAAGUAGGCUAGCAUUGAAAAGUUUGAGGUCAGUGAAGACAUUUAUAAUAUCCCAAUAGGUUUCCAUUUCAGAUAAAUGCUGUUUUUUAAAUCUUCUAUCCUGAAAAAAAGUAUCACAUUCUUUCACAAAAAUAUGAAGCUU